UCUUGGAAAGAAUGGGAAAGUUAAAGCUCUUUGGUAGCACAUUACAUCGCCACUGGACUCUCUAGCUACGUAGGUAGGGUUUUUUAGUCCCAGCGAUCUGGAAUGAGCUACAGAUCUUCCGGCAUGGCGCGCGUCUUGGCCGCAUUGGCAUUUGCAAUCGCAGUGGCGAGCAAUGCAGGCGUUGCGGAGCUCGGCACUGAAAUCUUCCAUGUCGCGGAUGUUUUCCAGGAGGAUUACGAGCAGAUGGAGCAGCAGCUCAAGGUUUUCGUCUAUCCCGAUCCGGUUGUCUACACCAAGCUCGCGGGGAAAUACGCGAGCGAGGGAUAUUUCUUCCGGAAUCUCAUGGAGAGCCGCUUUGUCACCACAGAUCCGGAGAAGGCGCAGCUCUUCUUUGUCCCAAUCUCCUGUGCGCGAUUGAGAGAGGAGGGCUUAGAUCACGACGAAAUUUCUGACAACGUCGCGAGCUUCGUGGAGAGCGUGAUUGCGAAAUUCCCAUACUGGAACCGGACCAUGGGAGCGGACCAUUUCUUCGUGACUUGUCAUGAGAUUGGGACGCGAGCGACGAGCAAAGUCGCUCAUCUCGUGAAGAACUCCAUCCGGGUGGUUUGCGCUUCGAGCUAUAGCGGGCCUUUCAUUCCUCACAAAGACGUGGCCUUGCCACAGAUCUUACAGCCAUUUCCUUCGCCGAGAGGUGGAGAUGACACUGAAAAGAGAGAGACUCUUGGCUUUUGGGCCGGUCCUGCGAACUCCAAAACCAGGAUCCUUCUGACAAAAACAUGGCAGGAAGACUCGGAUAUGGUGAUCAGCACGAAACACGUCGGGAUGCAGCAGUUCUACCGUAGCAAGUUUUGCAUUUGCCCGAGCGGAACGCGCGUGAGCACUGCCAGGAUAGUCGAAUCGAUCCAUUUCGGCUGUGUUCCAGUGAUUCUCUCGGAUCACUAUGAUCUUCCCUUCAACGACGUGCUCGACUGGAGAAAGUUCGCUGUGAUUCUACCCGAGCAAGACGCCGGCACGCUGAAAGAUGCUCUUGAGUUGGCUCCAUACGCAACACUGCACAGAAAUCUUCUCCAGGCUCAAGCCCACUUUGAGUGGCACUCUCCACCGAUCAAGUAUGAUACGUUCCAUAUGGUUAUGUACGAGCUAUGGCUGCGCCACUCCACCGUUAGAUAUUGACAGAUUUCUUAUCACUAGUGUAAUUUACAUUGAAUUGUUACUAUAAAAUCUCUAUCUUGUAUAAUUCUAAUGUAAUGAGCUGGUUUGCC